AUAUAAGAGCGUAUGACUUGUACAGUGCAGGGCAGUGGCUAGUGUCAGGGAAUUCAUUUGCACUUUGCAAAGACAUGGUGUUCCAGCGCAUCCCUUACUACACUGAUGGUAAUCCAGCUGACUAAGGACUUGUCUGUGUGGGGACUCACCUGAAGGUCUGGGGUCGAAUCUAGCUUAGAUCACAGUUGGAAAGGAGUUUGGUGGUUUCAACUUAGUCUCCUCCUCAGUGGGCAGAAACACACCUUACACACAGUGUCUGCUUGGGGAAGCCCAGGACUUAACAGUAGACCUGGAACCAAAAAUGAAUUGGGCGUCUUUUUAUGCCGUUCUCAGCGGUGUAAACAAGAACUCCACUGGAAUCGGGCGCAUCUGGCUGUCCGUCCUCUUCAUCUUUCGAAUCAUGGUCCUGGUGGUCGCCGCAGAGAGUGUCUGGGGCGACGAGAAGUCAAGCUUCAUCUGCAACACGCAGCAGCCUGGUUGCAACAGUGUCUGCUAUGACCAUUUUUUCCCCAUUUCCCACAUCCGCCUGUGGGCACUGCAGCUCAUCCUGGUGUCCACGCCAGCCCUCCUCGUGGCCAUGCACGUGGCUCACCGCCGGCACAUCGAGAAGAAGAUCCUAAAGCUGUCUGGCCACAGCAGCAGCAAAGACCUGGAGCAGGUCAAGAUGCAGAGGAUGAAGAUCACAGGGGCCCUGUGGUGGACCUACAUGAUUAGCGUGAUCUUCCGGAUCCUCUUCGAAGCUGCUUUCAUGUACAUCUUCUACCUGAUCUACCCGGGCUUCAAGAUGAUUCGGUUAGUCAAGUGUGACGCCUACCCCUGCCCCAACACCGUGGACUGCUUUGUGUCCAGACCCACGGAGAAAACCAUCUUCACCAUCUUCAUGCUGGUGGUGUCUGGGGUCUGUAUCCUCCUCAACGUCGCAGAGGUUGUCUAUUUGAUCACUAAGUCCUGUUUCAAGAGCUUGCCAGACCCGGAGUCUGGCUCCAAAGGUACUUUUUAUGGGCACAGAUUCUCUUCGUACAAACAGAACGAGAUCAAUCAGCUGAUUUCAGACUCGAAAAUCAACGGGACGAAGAGAAAUCCCGGUUCUGAUAAGGGGGACAGGUGCUCGACCUCUUAGAUGUCUUAAUCUAACCUCUGCGACCCAACCCAUUCAACUAAUCAAGCUUAACCAAUGUUUGAAGCAGGUUGGAGCUCACUGUUUCUUUGAGCACUAAGAUCGAGUUUAAUCCUUUACAGAGGGGGGGAUACUUCACAGCAUUUACAAAUUUGUACAUUAUCAUUUAUAAUUUAUUUUGUAAAAACACAUGAUAGCAUAACCCCUUAACCUUCAACCAUUCUUGACGCAGUUCUCUGUCCACAAGUAAGCCACCUCAAUAAAUCGUCAUCAUGCCAUCCAUCUGCAAAGACCACAAAUACCUGUGAUUGUACUGAUCAGUGAGGGAGUGAACUGCUUACAGUGUUUAAAUGGACCAGUCUGAAGUAUCUCAAUUCCUCAAGCCGAGGCAACACACUGCAGGUUCUGCAAACACACCAUUCUAGAGAAUAAGGGGUGCAACUGUGUUUGAUUUUUAAGAGACAUAUUUCACACGCCACUUGGAGUUACAGAAUCAUGUGUAAUGCCAAAUACGGUCCAAGUGUCCACGGCCUGUAUGUGACUAGAUGAGAUGUCCAUGGUUUAGUUGGUCUUUGAGAUCGUAUCAGUUUCACAUCACUUUUUUUUUUUUUCCUCAGCUCGGCAGUGUGACAUCACAUGCUUUUCAAUGUCUAAAGUUCAGAACUCCUCUUUCAAUCCCCUCGCCCUUGCGUGCUCUCUCCUCACACCCUCUCUCUCUCCCCUCAAAGGAAACAGACUGAAGAUCAUGGUGGAAAUUUGUAUGUUUCAAAAUAAUGAACAUGUGCUUUCUGCCUUUGAGACAUUUCCAGUGGUUGUUUACUGUACAGGCCUAUCUAAAGUAAACCAAACUGCUCAACUAAACCACAGUGACGUGGUAAGGGGCCAUGAGCAAUAUAUUAACCUUUUAGUUAUAGUUUCCGCUGAAAAAAAAAAAACGGUCACAUUUCGAGCAUGUGUGUACUGCAGUGCUGCCAGUAUAUACACAUGCAACAGGGACAAUAUGACCAUCCUGCCAUUGCUUUCAGAUGCACAGAAAGUGUGAUACUGCCAUUGUCAUUCCAGCAGCUGCCACAUCUUUGUUCUAAAUGUUCCCUUGUUCAUAUGUUAAAGAGUGUAACUGUCACUACACUUCUAAAUGCAUUUAGAAAAGGGAAACGCAUUGAAUACUGCCUCCAAUGGCACACUGGGCCAUUGUUACACUUGAAAACUAACUACAAAUAUCAAUUUGUAUUGGGAUGAGUUUAAGUAAGAAAAAAAAAUUAAAACUUGACUGUGUUUUCACUGAGCUAAGGAGUGUUGUAGCUGUGGACAUUAAUGCCAUUCUCUCCAUCUAUUUCAUAACUGUUCAUUAUGAGUUCAUGUGUUUUUUUUUUUUCUACCCCUAUUAAAUAAAAUGUUCCCAAGACAAUGCAAGCAAAUGCUAUGUUUCCAAAACAUGUGUUUAACAAGCAUCGCUGUCAUUAACCUGAAUUAAAUAAAUACUGCACAGGGUUUCCAUAAAACUCAAACAUGUAGAAUCUAAGCUGUAUAUAUAUAUAUAUAUAUAUAUAUAUAUAUAUAUAU